AUGUUCCUAACCUAGUAAUGAUUCCAAUCAUGAAAUUGAUAACAUAUUUUAAAAAUUAAGUUUUUAAAUAAAAUAAUCUUGAGGCUAAAAGUUAAAAGUUAUAUGUGUUACAGUAUAAUAUAAUCUUAAGUAUUCUUUAAUAUUCUUAAAUAAUCUUAGAAUUAUAUAUAAUACGGAAAAUUAAUUUUAAAUAAUGAUAGGAUCGCCAAUGAUACUUAAUAUUAAUAAAUUAACAGUACGAAAUUUAAAUAUUUAUGAUCAUUUAAUAUCCAAUGGACCCUGUAUUCAAUGUGUACGAUGGAAAAGAAAACCAAUUUGGUUACCAACAGCAAAAUCUAAGAUAUUUAGAGUACCAGAAAGAACAAUCAUACCUAUAGAAGAUUAUUGUGAACUUAAACGUUUGUUCAAUAAUUAUAGAACAAUAAUGAAAUCUUUAAUGUGUUUUUUUGUUGAAAAAGAAGAAGAAAAAAAAAAGAAUUUGGAUUUUAAUAAUACAAAAGUAAAUACAGAGAAAGAUUUUGAAAUAUGUUCUUAUAUAAAUGAUGAAUGGAAUAAAAAAAUAGCUAUGAUACGACAAGAAAGAUUAAAUCAAGAAAAAACAUACCGUAUACAAGAAAUUCAUAAAAAAUUAAAAGAAAAAAAGGAAAGAGAUUUGAAAACGCAAGAAAUUGUAGAUAUAAAUAUCAAAAAGGUGAAAAAAGAAGUUACAACAUUUAUUACACCUAAAAAUAUAGAUCAAGCUAUUCUGAAUGCAUUGGAAAAUAUUAUAGAUCAUAAUAUUGCAAUUGAUCGUAAUGGUAAUUUUUACAAAGAUGAGCCUAAAAAAAAUGAAUCAUCUACUAUAGCUAAUAGAACAAAUUAAAAUAAAUGUUACAUUAUAAAUAUUUCCUUCUAUAUCAACUUCAAUUUAAUACAUUUUUUUCUAAUUCAGAAUAUAUUUAUUGAAAAUGAUCAUAUAUAAUGUAAUGUAUUUAUAAUAUAAUAACAAAAAGAUUGUAAACACAUCCAUUCAAGUUCUGUAAGUAUAUAUGCUUUACAAUAUGGCAUACAAAUUUUAUUAAUUAUCUGAUUUUAUAGUUUGCUUUUCCAUAUUGUUGCAACUUAUAUUUAAGACAUUAGGUGCACAAAUUUUUUUCGAACGAUCUAAUGUAUUAUCGUCUUUUACAAAUCAUUUUUAAUUUUUUACAAAAAUGUGCUUCAUUGAUAUAAAUCAAUAUAGAUUUCAUAUAUUUUUCUGUAUCGACGAUAAUCACAGGUAUUAAUUUGUAAUUUGCAUAAUAUUUAUUUUUGUAUUAAAAUAUCAUAACUUUAACAACAGACAAUUUUAUACCUGAAUGAAAUUGUGUUUGAACAUAUGGUUUGAGAUAUUUAUAUGUGAAUCUACUUGCAUUAUGCAUUGCAAUAUACUCAUUAAGAAUAAUUACUUUUAUAUUUCAUAUAUAUAUAUACUUGUAACAUACUAUGACGUAAUUUUAUUGUUGAAAUAUCUUUGGUUUAAACACACUCUGUUUAAAAAAAAACAAAUAGACAAUUAGAUCGCCGGUUGUUAACUAAAUUUCAAGAUUUCAAAAUAUAAGAAUAAACGUAUAUUAUAUAAAAGAUUUAUCUUUCAAUUCAACUUUAAAUGCUAGUAAAAAAAUGUAUAUUAAUCUAUUAUUUUAUAAUUUUCCUACAUCAUGAAUAAUAAUAAUUAAUGUAUAAUUCUAUAUUGAUAUUUAUUGUACGUGCUUAUGUAUAGAUUUAUAAAAUUUAAGAAUAAGUCUUUGAGUUUUAAAAUCUGUAAUAAUUAAUAAUAAAGUCUUCUAUUAAAACACAAGUAAAAUCAAUAUUAAUAAAUAUUAAUAAACAAAAAACAAUCAAUAACAAUUAUUAAAAAUAACAAAUCUACUCAUUACAUUAAAAUGUUAUUUAUAGAAUGAUAAAAUAAGCAUAAAAUAAAAAAUACAUGUAAGUUUUGUCAUUGAUUGUGAUACAAAAUAAAAUUUAUUAAAAUUUUAA